CAUACCACCGUGUUUGGACGUCACUGCAAUCUCUCUCUCUCUCUCUCUCUGUGGAGAGAACCGAAGGCAAGAAGGGGACUGUGUUUAGUCAAACGAGUCUCUCCUCUCUCUCAUCAAUCAUGGACUCGUCCGCUCUGGGCGGCGUAUCACUUCCCUCCGGCCCGGACGCUAAGAAGCGCCGAGUAACAUACUUCUACGAGCCCACAAUCGGCGACUACUACUACGGCCAGGGUCACCCAAUGAAGCCCCACCGAAUCCGAAUGGCCCACAACUUGAUCGUCCAUUACGCUCUCCACCGUCGGAUGGAGAUCAAUCGUCCAUUCCCCGCCGGACCCGACGACAUCCGACGGUUCCACUCCGACGACUACGUGGACUUCCUGGCCUCCGUCACACCCGAUACCCUCCACGACCACACACACGCUCGACACCUUAAGAGAUUCAAUGUGGGUGAGGAUUGUCCGGUGUUCGAUGGGAUUUUUGGGUUCUGUCAGGCCUCUGCUGGUGGGUCGAUUGGGGCGGCCGUGAAGCUUAAUAGGAAGGACGCUGAUAUUGCGAUUAAUUGGGCUGGUGGUUUGCACCAUGCGAAGAAAAGCGAGGCCUCUGGGUUUUGUUAUGUUAAUGACAUUGUGUUGGGUAUUCUCGAGCUCCUCAAAGUUCACAGGCGUGUGUUAUAUAUUGAUAUCGACAUCCACCAUGGAGACGGUGUUGAGGAGGCAUUUUUCACCACUGAUAGAGUCAUGACUGUAUCUUUUCAUAAAUUUGGAGAUUUCUUUCCUGGUACUGGGCAUAUUAAAGACAUUGGCGUAGGUCAGGGAAAGUACUAUGCACUAAAUGUCCCAUUAAAUGAUGGAAUGGAUGAUGAGAGCUUCCGUGGUCUGUUUCGGCCGAUCAUCCAAAAAGUUAUGGAGUCGUAUCAGCCAGAUGCAGUUGUUCUCCAGUGUGGGGCCGAUUCAUUGGCUGGUGACAGAUUGGGGUGCUUCAACUUGUCAGUAAAAGGCCAUGCAGAUUGCCUUCAUUUCCUUAGGUCUUUCAAUGUUCCUCUGAUGGUUUUGGGCGGGGGAGGGUAUACGAUGCGUAAUGUUGCACGCUGCUGGUGUUAUGAGACAGCAGUUGCAGUUGGGGUGGAACCUGAUAAUAAAUUGCCUUACAACGAAUACUACGAGUACUUUGGCCCAGAUUACACUCUUCACAUUGAGCCAAGCCCCAUUGAAAACCAGAACUCAUCCAAGGAUCUGGAGAAAAUAAGGACCAUGCUCCUUGAGCAACUUUCUAGAUUGCCACAUGCACCUAGUGUACAAUUUCAAACAACACCGCCCAUUACACAAGUUCCAGAAGAGGCAGAGGAAGACAUGGAUCGAAGACCAAAACGCCGGAUAUGGGAUGGUGAGGAUUAUGAGUCUGAUGCCGAUGAAGACGAGAAGCCUCGACAUCGAAGCUUGAACACCGGUGGUCAGCCUAUGGCAAAUUUUGAUAUGAGGGGUAUCACAGAUAAAGUCAAGGAAGAGAAUAUGACAGAUGCACACCCCUAGUUCAAACAUCUCUACAUUCAUUAGACAUGAAUCUACCCGGAGAAAAAAAUAUCAAUCAUAGCAAAUGGACAAUUUCAAAUCAUUUCGCAAGGUGUUGAGAGUCGGAGUGUACAAGAUCUCUGUCACUUUUCUCGUCGUUUCUCUUUUUAGUUCCUCUUAAUCCAGCUUAGUUACAGAUUACGCCUAAUUACAUAAUGAUUCUUGCACUGUCACGGGGGCCUCGUUUUUGUAUCAUGAAUUAGAAUUACCAUGUGCAGGCUUGUAAAAGAAUGGUGGCUGAAGUGUAAAACCUUUUCUUUUUUAUGAUGGUUAUUAGAUGGUUGUUACGUAAACUUGCAUUGUAAUUGGCUUUGC